AUGUCAAAACCACAGACAAGGACCUUCUUAUUCUGCAUGCUUGGAAUUUGUUCACGUCUUCAAAUAUGGAGCAUAGUGAAAGAUGUCCAUUCGACCAACAUCCAAGGUUUUUGGGCCGUUACCGCUUAUCAGGUCUGCUCAACCGUGCUUCAACCAACCUCAGCUUCUGCGUCCGGAAUAUUCGGCAGAAAAACGAUUGUCCUCCUUGGAAUAAUACUCUUUACAAUUGGUGCGCUCCUGGCAAGUCUUGCUCAAGAUGUCACUCUCUUGAUUGUGGGACGUUGUAUACAAGGUUCUGGCGGUGGGACUCUGAUGACGAUGACUUUUGUCGUUUUAACAGAUCUUGUUUCACUUAAAGAACGUGGAAAGUGGGUCGGCCUUCUAAGUAUGGUUUGGCUUGUUGGUGCUGUCCUUGGACCUAUAAUCGGAGGUGUCUUUUCUGAGAAAGUGUCAUGGCGCUGGAUCUUUUGGGUAUCGAUAAUGCUCAGUGCAAUCAGCCUCACGCUAGUAAUCUCAUUUCUUCGUAUUGAUGAAAAGCCCAAAGACUUUCGCCAUACCAUCGAAGACAUCGACUGGUUCGGUGCCUUCCUGUUCGUUUCGUCUCUGACGAGUUUUCUAGUUCCAAUUUCUUGGGGCGGAAUAUCUUAUUCGUGGAACAAUGUCAGAACUCUGGUACCCCUCAUUUUGGGACUUUUGGGGCUUGUAGGUUGGUGCUUUUUCGAACAGCUUCUAGCCACGAAGCCCAUGGUACGAUUGGGAGUUCUAGGAAACAGGACGGCUGCAGUCACAUAUUUUGGAAUUCUGAUCCACGGAAUGGCAAGUUUCAUCUCGAUAUAUUAUCUUCCGCUCUAUUUCCAGACUGCAUUGAAUUUUUCGCCGAUCAAAGCCGGUGUCGCCUUGCUCCCCCUUUGUUUGGCGUCUGGCUUAUCAGCCGUAAUUGUUGGAAAUACCAUCGCACGUAUAGGUCUGUAUCGCUGGGCUAUCUUUGGUGGCUGGGCACUCUUCAUUUUCGGCACUGGUCUCCUCCAGCUUUUAAACAUCGGAACCUCGACACCUAGCUGGAUCUUUCUUCUCGUAGUUAGUGGCCUCGGUUCGGGUAUGCUAUACACGUCUCUAUCAUCACCAGCACAGGCCAGUGCUCGUGAUGAGGACAUGGCUACUGCUGCUGGCUUAGUUCCAUUCUUUCGUUCCCUGGGGCAAGCUUUGGGGAUCGUUGUCGGAGAUGCAAUCUUCCAAAAUCAAAUGGAGAGGAGCUUAUCCCAAGAUCCAGAGUUUAGUGACAGCUCACUCACAUUUGCCAAAAAUGCGCUUGCCCUUACCCAGACAAUCAAAAGCCUUCCUCUUGAUAGCCCGACAAGAUUACAUAUUGUCGAAAGUUUUGUCCAUUCUUUGAGAGUGGUCUGGUGGACAACGUUAGGUCUCGCAGUAUUGACCGGGUUGCUCUCCCUCCUUACCAAAGGCUUGACAUUGAAUCGGGUACCUAUUGAGGGUCGGGCAGUUUUGGAAGGAAAGAAAGGAUCUGAAAUGGCUGUAAAUCGUCGAUCUAGAGCAUCGAAUAGCACAAAGAGAACUGCUGCUUAUAAGAAAAGACGACGAUAUAUGGACGUAUAUAAAAAUAACGGGACGGUGGGUGGGAGAAUCGAAUCGAUUACGAAACGCAAAGAAGGUCGAAUCGAAAAUAAGAUGGACGAGGAACUAGGAAGAGGAAGGAGAACGGUGGAAGCUCUGCGGUAG